GCGUGUACUUGUUCCCCGCGAAUCGGUUCUCCGUGGGUUUUUUGGGAUACCACGCGCACACACAGACACGCACGCACACACACAGAGACACGGGCGCGCGUCAUGGCGCACGUCGCGCACCUGUUCGUCGCGCUGGCGUGGAUUAUUUCGGUGCACGGAUCUUUCUGCAGCGGCGGCGCUGGCGUUGGUGUCGGCGUGUUGAACCGGAGGCACGAGCAUCACCGCCUCCACGCUGAGGGUCCGGAGGAGGAGGAGGACCAGACCCGAGCAGCACCGCGGAGGCUCGUGAGGUCGCCGAAAGUGGCGUCUCUCCUGAGCAGCUCGUUCGUGCUGAAAGGUGACGCCGCGCACAACCAGGCUAUGGUUCACUGGACGGGCGAGAACAGCAGCGUCAUCCUCAUCCUGACUAGAUAUUACCAUGCUGAUUCCAGCAAAGUGCUCGAGAGCUCCCUCUGGAGGUCCAGUGAUUAUGGAACCACAUACAGUAAACUCAACCUGAUGCCUGGAACCACCAUCAUAGUCACCAAUUUCUACAUCUGCCCAAGUAAUAAGAGGAAGGUGAUCCUGAUCAGCUCCACUAUUGAUGAACAGGACCAGAUGCUCUUCAUCAGCACAGACGAAGGCGCAUCGUUCCAGAGACAGCCCCUUUCCUUCACCGUGGAGACGCUCCUGUUCCACCCGUCGGACGAGGACAAACUGCUGGCUUACAGCAAAGAGGCCACGGUCUAUGUGUCUACUGAUUUGGGGAGGAAAUGGACACAACUGCAGGAACGAGUGACUAAAGACCGAGUUUUCUGGUCUGUUACUGGAGUGGACAUGGACACUGAUUUGGUUCAUAUGGAGAUACAAGACACUAGUGGAGGAUACCUGUACGUGACAUGUCUGAUACAGAACUGCUCGGAUAAGAUGGUGACGGCUCAGUUUCUGGGCAAAAUCGACCACAAUUCUCUCUCGGUGCAGAACGACUAUGUGUUUGUGAAGGUUACCAUGUCUAAUCGUACAAAGUGCUAUGUGUCUUAUCGAAGGAACGAGUUUGUGCAGAUGCGCUUGCCCAAGUUUGCCCUGCCAAAGGAUGUGCAGAUUGUAAGCACGGACGAGAACCAGGUGCUGCUGGCCUUGCAGGAAUGGUACCAGACGGACACGUAUAACCUGUACGCUUCGGACCAGCAGGGUGUUUAUUACUCCAUCUUGUUGGAGAACGUGCGCAGCACCAAGCAGCCCGAGGAGAACGUCAUCAUCGACGUCCUGGAGGUGCGUGGAAUCAAAGGAGUCUUCUUAGCCAAUCAGAAAGUAGACGGCAAAGUCAGGACACUCAUCACAUAUAACAAUGGACGGGAUUGGAAUCCGUUGGCUCCGCCCACUGUUGACAUGAACGGCAAAGCAGUGAACUGCAAACAGCCAGACUGUCACCUUCACCUCCACCUGAGAUGGGCCGAUAACCCGUACGUAUCUGGGACGGUCCACACGAAAGACUCCGCCCCCGGCCUCAUCAUGGGUGCAGGCAAUCUUGGCUCUCAGUUGGUUGAAUAUAAAGAGGAGAUGUACAUCACCAAUGACUGUGGGAAGACCUGGAGACAGGUGUUCGAAGAGGAGCAUCAUAUCCUGUAUCUGGAUCAUGGUGGCGUCAUCGUGGCCAUCAAAGACACGUCCAUCCCGUUAAAGAUCCUCAAGUUCAGUGUGGAUGAAGGACGUACGUGGAGCAUUCACAAUUUCACCAGCACGUCAGUGUUUGUAGACGGCUUGCUGAGCGAACCCGGCGAUGAGACCCUGGUUAUGACUGUGUUUGGUCACAUUAGCUAUCGUUCAGACUGGGAGCUGGUGAAGGUGGACUUCCGCCAGUCAUUCCCUCAGCUGUGUAGCGAGGAUGACUACGACUCAUGGAAACUCACUAACCUGCAGGGAGAGCAUUGCAUCAUGGGACAGGAGCGAGCGUACAGAAGAAGGAAGGAGUCAUCUCUGUGCAUUAAAGGGAAGAGCUUCACGUCUGCGCUGACGGCUAAACCCUGUCAGUGCUCGGAGAAAGACUUCAGCUGUGAUUAUGGAUUUGAGCGCAGCCUGAAAGCGGAAGGUGAUCGCUGUUACCAUGACUUUUGGCACGAUCCUGAAGUUCCACCCGAAAACUGCCAUUUGGGACAAACCUUCAAGAUCAGCACGGGCUAUCGUAAGCUCACCUCGAAUGACUGUGAUGGUGGGAUAAAUAAAGAGGAGAGCGGGAAGCAGCAUGCCUGCCCUCUGAUGCCCCCCAGAGGCCUACAACUGCGCAUCAAGGGGCAGAUGCUUACUGUGGCACCUGGUGAUGACAUCACCUUCAUCGUCCAUCAGGAGCAGGGUGAUACGAGCAGUACCCGGUACCAGGUGGACCUCUCAGACGGCGUUCGUGCUGUUUAUCAGAACUUAACGGUGACAGAUGAACCGAUUCAGCACCGUUACGAGAAGCCGGGGAUUUAUCGUGUCAGUGUGAAGGCAGAGAAUGCAGCCGGUGGUGAUCAGGCCGCGUUGUACAUCCGGGUCACACGACCUCUACAGGAAGUCCACCUGGAAGUGGUGCCCAUUGCAGGAAGGAAACAGGAAGUGAACCUGACUGCUGUGCUGCUUCCUGGGGACUCAAACCUCACCGUCUUCUACUGGUGGAUCGGAGAGGAGCUUCAGCCGAGGCUGACGCUGCAGAACAGCAUCCUCACCAGCUUCUCUGAAGAAGGUCAGAUCUCCGUCACCGUUCAGGCGUCUAAUGGACGCUCCACAGUGCAGGACAGCAAAACCGUACGUGUUUACGAUAAUUUCCAGGUCAUUCCGCUUGGAUUCAGUCUGAACUUGGAUCGCUUCAACCCCAACAUCCCAGAGUGGAGAGAGGACGUGGGACACGUGGUCACCAAGAUGCUGGCCAAGAUCACUGGACUUCCUCAGGAAUCGAUGGUUGCCAUGGUGAAGCCCGGGCUGCCGACCAGAGCGGACUUAUAUGUGUUGCCCACAGAGGACACACCCACCACGAGGAGCGGGUUUGCCAAUAAGCGUGUGUCCACCAUAAAGCAGGCACUGAGAGAGAGUAAUGUCAGCUUUGUGGUCCGUGGUGGACUGAGAGUGCUGGUGACUCUAACAGAUCUUGACGCAGACUCUCGGAUCGGUGCUGCCAGUCCCGGGUUCUGGGCUUUGGCUGGCAUUCUUCUCAUCACCUUCAUCAGUACAGGACUCUUCCUCCUCUACAAGUUUAAAAGGAAGAUGCCGGGACGUAACGUCUACGCACAGAUGCACAACGAAAAGGAGCAGGAAAUGACCAGUCCUGUCAAUCACAGCGACGACACACAACACAUCAUCCAGGGGGAGGAGUUUAUCGACGAUGACCUCGACUCACAGACUCUGGGUAACGGACGAGGCAACCACUCAGGAGUUGUGCUCAGCAUCACAUCGAGGGAACUGCACGGAUACCUGAGUAGCUGAUGAUCUUUAGCUCCGCCCACCAGAACGGAGGCUGCCUUUAACUCCACACACCUGAAUGGACAAAGCCUUUUAGGCCACACCCACCUGUGACCCUAACACUCCCAGACAGGAGGAACAGUGAAACUGCACAUAUUAAUCAUCAGCACAGCAAAACCUCUCUAACCAUCUCUCUCUCUCUAUUUCUGUUUCGCACACACACACAUACACACACACAUACACAUAACACACAGACACCCUCCACUACCCCUCUGUCUUUCUCUCUCUCUCAAACACACACAUGGCUUUAACCCGUUUGUUACAUAAAUAAAUUAAAAAAUAAAUUUCAUCCAUUUAUUAAAUGCUCAAGAGAGUUGACACACACACACACACACACACACACACUUUAUUCUUCUCUCUUUCCUUCCUGUCUCUUGGGAUGAUGGGACAUCUUCAGCACUUUCACUUUCACUGAUGCCCAGGGACCAUUUUUACUUCCUGUCAUGUGACUGGUCAAUGCACUCUGAUUGGCUGUCUCAGAGAGAAUAUAGAGGUCAUGUUUUUUAGAUGUCUGUGGUGGUAAUUGUGGUGUGAUAUUUUACCUGUUUCUUUAUAAAGUCUCAUAUAUUUUGUUCUUUCUUCCAUCUUUUCCUCAUUUGUUUGAGUUGAUGUAGAGCUCUUUUCUUUCUCUCAGGCCUGAGCGAGUGGUGCUGCAGGGGUCUGAAUCCGUCACUCAUCCAUGAGUUAUGUUAUUUUUAAGAUUGGCGGUGAAGAUGUGGUUAGAGUUUGUGGAAAUGACCAAGAUGAGCAUGGAAUUCAGGAGUAGCCAUGUUUAUCCAUACAGCCAAAGGGACAAGAAUUCCCUAUCUGUAAUUUCUCUUUUGUUCAUCCACAUUCUCAGCUUCUGAUGCAAUAAGAAAUCACAGGAUUCUGUCCUCUACUGAGUCAAAAAGAAAUAGAAAGAUCUUCCUCACUUACUGUGUGAAAUUCAGUAGAAACACAGCAGGGUUUUUGUGGGAAUUGUUAAAAAAAUAUGGAUGGCAGGAUGACAGACGGAGAGUAAAGCCAAAAGUCCUCACAAGACUUUGUUUGUUUGUUUGUUUGUUUGUUUGUUUUGCUUUACAAUGCUAUAGCGAAUAUCCCUCAAUACAUUUGUUUGUUUGUUUUGCUUUAAAACACUAAAAAGCCCUGAAUACAUUAGUUUCUGUUUGUUUGUUUGUUUGUUUGUUUGUUUUACUUUACAACACUGCAACACAAAGCCCUAAUACAUUUGUUUGCUUGUAUGUUUGUUUGUUUGUUUUACUCUACAACACUACAACAAAAAGCCAAUAUAUUUAUUUGUUUGUUUGUUUGUUUGUUUUGCUUUAUAAUUCUAUAGCAAAAAGCCACUAAGCCACUUUGUUUAUUUGUUUGUUUACCUUUACAUCACUGUAACAAAAGCUCUCUGAAGACAUUUGUUUGUUUGUCUUGCUUGACAAUACUAUAAAAAAAUUCCCUUGCCAGACAUGUUCAGUAUUUUUUUGUUUAUUUCCUUGUGUUUGAUUGGUGAUUGUUCUUGUUUGUGGUCUUACUUUCGAACUUUAAUUCGAACUACAUAAAAAAAACAAAACUCAACUCAACUUAAGACACUUGAGACAUUUGUUUAAUUUUGUUAUAGAACAACAGGACAAAAAGCUCACAAGGCAUUGUGUUGUUGUUUUAUUUGGUUGGUGGGGUGUUAGGGUGGUAAGGGACAAAAAAAAAAGUCUCCAGAGGACACAAGACAUUAGCUUUGGGAUUGUCUGUUUGUUUUUUGUUUGUUUGCUUUGUUAGUUUUUUCAUAGAAACUGCAACAAAAAUCCCUCACAACAUCUCUCUCUCUCUCUCUCUCUCUCUCUCUCUCUCUCUCGCUCUCUUCUCUUUUUCUUUUAAAUAAAUUGCUCUUACUAUCAUAGAAAUGAUAGGUUAAACUGAGCAGUGAAUAAUGUCGAUGGAAUGAGACAGAAACAAAGCAUUAUCCAAAUGAACCUCACUGAUCUUAUGAUCUACAGCGCAGGCCGGUAUUUAUUAUAGAAUUUUGUGAUUCGAGUUUUGCAGGUGUGCUUUUGUACGUGCAAAGCCUAUAUUAGGCCAAAAGUGAAGAACGUUCCCCUUUUCUUUGGCUGGUGUACUGUAUAUAGACAUAUGUGUGUGUGUGUGUAUAGAAAACGUCCAGCUGUAAAUAAUCCCUUUCAUGACUACAGAUUUCACACUAAAGCCCAAAACGUGUGUUUUUUUUUUCCUGAGCACCUUUCACUGGGGAGGAGUUUCCUGAAUUCGCUAAAGCUAACAGUUCGAACAUAUCUGUCUCAUUUUUGUCACCCACUCAGAUCUUCAUCUUCAUCUCGCUGCUUCCAAACCGUUCACACGUUAUUUGUUUGUUCAUUCUUUUUUCAUUUUUGAUGGAGAAUUUAUGCAAAAUAGAUUGAAUGAACUGAGAAGUGUGUGUUUGUGUAACAGCUUGUAACUGGACUUGCACUAAAUGUUUUUUUUUUUUUUUUUUUGCUUUCAUGCUUUUUUUUUGGUCUGCUUUUCCUUCACUAGACCGAUCCAGACCAUCAUUCUGCUUAUAUUUUCUCCUUUUUGUCCUAAAUCCUCAUCUUAACCUCAGCUUUCUAUUGUCUGAUUUUGGCCCUAUUGUGAAAGUAGAAAAGGAGAAUUUUGAAAUAUUUUUGAGGGAAAGAAAUGUUUUGUAACUCUUUAUGCACAUAUUUGGCUUAACAGUAGUUUGUAGGUAAUGAGGUAGUAAUGUGCCAUUUACACCCCCCCCCCCCCCCCAUGUAAAUGCUAGAAUUAAAGGGAAUGAGGGCAUUUUUGUCCUUCCUAAAGAAAGUUCCAGCGUGUUUUGAAACCUGACCACAUUUUUAGCAAGCCUGGUUUUAAUAUGCUUUAUUUCUUCGUUUGUGUGUAAAUGACUCGAGAUGCAGAAAGCAAACUGCACUUAACCUGUGUGGCUGAAAACACACAAUCACACACACACACACUCCAUACUGUAUAGGUUUGUUCUAAUGGUUUGAUCUGUUCAAUAAAACAUAAUAAU